CGGCGUGGAUGCCAAAUUGCCCAACGACCAAAACAAUGAACUUAUUAACAACAAAUUUUCACCCAAAGAAAUAAAAAAUAAAUAAUCAUUAAUUCUAUUGACCGGUUGACCCUUCUAUCCCGUGGCGCACCCACGCUCUCCAUAAAUACAUGAGUCUUCACAGUCCAUUUUCACUUCAUCUCUCUCUCUUCUUCUUCGCGAAAAUCACUGAUUGCAAGAACAUGGCUCUGAAGUCCUUCAUCGAAGUUCAACCGGAGUCUCACUUCCCCAUUCAGAAUCUCCCCUACGGAGUAUUCAUGACUGAACCCGAUUUGGUUCGACGGCCUGGUGUGGCUAUCGGCGAGUACGUCUUGGACCUCUCUCAGAUCGCCUCCGCCGGCCUCCUCGACGGCCCUCUCCUCAAGAACUCCGAUUGCUUCAACCAGCCUAAUCUGAACAAGUUUCUGUCUCUGGGACGGCCUGCUUGGAAGGAAGCUCGUGCGACGCUUCAAAAACUGUUAUCUUCUACUGAACCAACCCUGCGUGACAAUGAAGCUUUAAGGUCGAAGUCACUUAUUCCACUGACGAAAGCAGUGAUGGUUCUUCCUGUGGCCAUUCACGACUACACGGACUUCUUUUCGUCUAUGCAUCAUGCAAAAAAUUGCGGAACUAUAUUUCGUGGACCUGAUAACCCGAUUGUUCCCAACUGGUUCCACCUUCCAAUUGCAUAUCAUGGACGUGCAUCAUCUAUUGUCAUCUCAGGGACAGAUAUUGUUCGACCCCGAGGCCAGAGAAAACCAGUCGGAGGCUCUCCACCACAUUUUGGCCCUUCUGCUAAGUUGGAUUUUGAGCUGGAAAUGGCUGCUGUUGUUGGUACUGGAAAUCAGUUGGGAAAGCCUGUAGAUAUAAAUGAAGCAGAGGAUCAUAUUUUUGGCCUGGUUCUAAUGAAUGAUUGGAGUGCUAGAGACAUUCAGGCAUGGGAAUAUAUUCCUCUAGGGCCCUUUCUUGGGAAGAGUUUUGGUACUACAAUAUCCCCAUGGAUUGUUACACUUGAAGCCUUAGAGCCUUUCAAAUGUGAUGCUCCAAAGCAGGACCCACCUCCAUUGCCAUAUCUUUCCGAAAAAACAUCCAAGAACUAUGACAUCUCACUGGAGGUUGGAAUUCGACCUGCUGGCGAACAAGAUGCACAUGUGGUGACAAGAAGUAAUUUUAAGCAUCUGUAUUGGACGCUGACUCAACAGCUUGCACACCAUACUGUGAAUGGCUGCAACUUGCAGCCAGGUGACCUGAUGGGCACUGGCACCAUAAGUGGACCUGAACCAGAAUCUCUUGGGUGCUUGCUGGAGUUAGCAUGGAAUGGGGAAAAACCAUUGGAGUUAUUACAUGGGAUACAUCGUAAAUUUCUGGAAGAUGGAGAUGAAGUCGUUUUUACUGGUCAAUGCAAGGGAGAUGGUUACACUGUUGGCUUUGGGACAUGCGCCGGAAAGAUUGUUCCUUCACCUUCUGAGAACAUUGCUAAUUCAUUACAACAAAUCUUGAAUCUGUAGAUUUUUUCUUCUUCUUCUUGUAAUAAAAUCUGUAUAAGCUUUUGUAGCAAGCGAGAAACAACUUGAUCAUAGUUGAAUGAAUGUUAACUUUUGCCAGUCCCUUCACC